AGCGGCAUUUACGAUCUCUUCCUUCUUUCAAGGUCAUUGUCCUCACAGGAUUUUCACCAUUCUUUCGGGUAUUUUGAUUGCUUAAGGGUACAAACACGUUUUUGGUCAGUACUUACCGAACAUAUUCUGUUUUCUCGCGGUGCGACCAAAUUCAAUGCAGUAUCUGGUAACGAUUUGAUUGUGAAAAGCAACUCAGUGAAUGUGAAGCAAUUUUCUAUAUAUGCAGCAGUAACUACCCAAUCGGUUGGUUGUAAAUGAUUCGUGCUAUUCUGGUCAUUAAUAAUCAUGGAAAGCCAAGAUUAAUCAAAUUUUAUGAGCAUUAUAGUGAAGAUGAACAACAGAAAAUUGUUAAAGAAGUUUUCAAUCUUGUCUCUAGACGUGAUGAUGAUGUUUGCAAUUUUUUAGAAGGUGGCACAUUAGUCGGUGGUCAAGACUAUCGUUUAAUAUAUCGUCAUUAUGCUACAUUAUAUUUUGUAUUCUGUGUUGAUUCCUCUGAAAGUGAACUUGGCAUAUUGGAUUUAAUUCAAGUAUUUGUUGAAGCUUUGGAUAAAUGUUUUGAAAAUGUUUGUGAAUUAGAUUUAAUAUUUCAUGUUGAUAAGGUACACUAUAUACUGAAUGAACUUGUACUUGGUGGAAUGGUUUUAGAAACGCAUAUCAAUGAAAUUACUCACAGAUAUGAAGAACAACAAAAAUUAGAAAAACAAGAGUCCGGCUUAUCUGGUGCACCGGCUCGUGCUGUUUCAGCAAUGCGUGAUUUAAAUCUUCAUCAAAAGUUUAAAGAGAUUCGUUUCCCUGAUUUACAAUCCCUACAAAGUAGACUGUCACGAUAAUUUUAUUGUGUGUGUGUAUGGGUACGUGCGUGUUCAUUUCUAUCUAUCUCUUCUAUUUGUCUUUCUAAAUAAAAUCACGCUUAACAGUUUUUAUUUGAAGUACAGAUUGUUAUGUAAUAUGUAAUAUUCUCAUGUUUUCUCUUCUGAAAAUCCUAUUUCAUCUGUUUCUGUUUUAUUAUUUGCAUCCUUUUUUGUUGACAGUAUAAUAAUAAUACAAAAUGUUGUUUUUGUGAAAUCAUAGAUGGCGGUUGGUUGUAACUGUCAGCUGUACUGCUUGCGCGUGUGUG